AUGGCCGAGAAAGACUACACUGACCCCGAGAAGGGCAUCGAGCCUGUCAAGAACCGGAUCUCCGUCGACGAGCAUGGCCACAGACACUCGAUAACCGGCCGAAAGUCUUCUGUGGCGGAGUCAAUCAUCGUUGCAGACUUGCUCGAUGACCGCUACAACAUCACUCAGCGUGGUUUGAAGAGCAGACAUGCUCAGAUGAUCGCCCUGGGAGGAACCAUCGGUACUGGUCUGUUCGUCGGUUCUGGUCAGACCCUCGCUCUUGGUGGCCCAGCAUUUAUUCUGGCAGCCUAUCUUAUCAUGACAUUCCUGGUCUACUGCGUCGUCACCGCCGUCACCGAAGUGGCCGCCUACCUUCCAGUCCAUGGCGGCACAAUGUCCUACUACGGCUAUCGCUACGUUUCUCGGUCCAUGGGAUUUGCUCUAGGCUACCUUUACUGGUACGCCCUGGGUAUCUUGGUUCCAUAUGAAAUCACAGCCGCGGGCCUUGUCAUCAACUACUGGCCCAACGACGUCAACAUCGCCGUCUGGAUGACCAUCAUGAUCGUCGUGAUCGUCGGGCUCAACUUCCUGCCCGUCAGAUUCUAUGGGGAAACCGAAUUCUGGUUCGCCGGCACGAAGGUCGUCCUGAUGAUCGGCCUGCUCAUUCUAAGCUUCAUUCUCUUCUGGGGUGGCGGUCCCUCUCGCGACCGCCUCGGCUUUCGAUACUGGAAUGACCCGGGCGCAGCACAUCCUUAUCUCGUCGGAGGCGAUACUGGGCGCUUCAUCUCCUUCUUCCAAACGCUGGUCUUGUCAGUCUUCCCCUUCACGUUCGCGCCGGAGCUUCUGGUUGUUACGGGUGGCGAGAUGGAGUCGCCACGACGCAACCUUCCGAUCGCAUCUAGACGUUACUUCUACCGUCUCGUCAUCUUCUAUGUCCUAGGGGUCCUCGCCAUUGGGGUAACCUGCCCGAGCAACGAUGAGCGAUUGACCAACGGCGGAGCUGGAGCGGGAUCUUCCCCAUUCGUUGUGGCGGUUGCAAACGCGGGGAUUUCCACGCUUCCAUCGAUCGUCAACGCGGUUAUCCUGAUCUCGGCAUGGUCGUCCGGCAAUUCAUUCUUAUACAUCUCCUCCCGCGCACUGUAUUCCCUGGCCGUUCAAGGAUCCGCUCCGCGAAUCUUCAAAGCCUGCAACCGUUGGGGCGUGCCUUACAUGGCGGUCGCCUGCUCCUCCCUCUUCUGCGGCCUAGCGUACCUGAACGUUGCUGACGAUGGGUCCACCGUGUUCAACUGGUUCGUGAAUUUAACUAAUACUUGGGGCAUGACUUCGUGGGUUUGUUGUAUGGUGAUAUACCUCCGGUUCCGAAAGGCGUGCGCCGCUCAGAACAUCCAACCCAUCUAUCGCAACUGGGUCCAACCAUACGGAGCAUACAUCGCCAUGGUGUCCUUCACGAUCCUCUGCCUCAUCAACGGCUUCACGGUCUUCUUCCCCAGCAAGUGGUCAGCCAGCUCCUUCCUGACGGCGUACAUCGGCAUCCCCAUCUUCGUCGUCAUGUACGUCGGCCACCGGAUCGUGUUCUGGCGGGACAAGUGGGCCUGGGAUCCCAUGGAGGUCGACAUGCAGACUGGACUGCAAGAAGUCAUUGACGCGGAGGUGCCGUUGAAGAAGAGGAGAGGUUUGGGCCGGAUAUGUCUGAUCAUCGAAUAA